AUGAUCGAUGGAAUGUUGGAAAGCAAUGAUGCUAAUUCAGUUGUAUUGCAUGGGGAAUCAGUAUCUGAAAAAGAUCCUAUAAAUGAGUUAGUUAAAGAGGAUGAAGUGCAAGAACAGUCUAUUUCAAAGGAUAAGGAACCAAUGAAUAUUGAAGAAUCAAUUUCAUCUUCAAACAAACUCACUAAUUUUGAAGGGCAGCUCUCUGUAACGAAUGGUACAUGUGACGAUACACUUGUGAAGAAAGACGAAUUAGAUAUUGACGAAGUGGACAAAAAGCCAAGUUCACGUGUGCAAAUACGAAAUAUGCCACCCUACCUGAAAUACAAGCAAGUCAAGGAGCUUCUUUCAAAGCAAUUGAGUAAGUUCGUUGUAAAGAACAUUCGACAUACGGGCAUAACAGUGUUCUUUUCGUUACCGACUCCGGAAGAAGCUGUUGCUGCAGUUCAGAUUUUUGAUGGUUUUAAAAUUAAAGGUCGGAUUUUACGAGCCAAGAUAGCACAACCAGAACAACUGAAAGUUAAACCAUUGAAUGGUGACCAAAUAAAGCGUACAGCACGAGAACGUGUAACGCCACUAGCUGAUAAGCCAUAUAGCGAGCAACUCGAAAUUAAGAUGAACGAUGUGAAACGAAUUGCAAUGAACUUUUUAAAAGAGAUGAUUAAUGCUCAUGUGAAUGGUGCCAAUAGAAUCGACAUUGAAUCACUAAUUGAAUCUAUUCGUCCCUCACCUCGUAUCACAGAAUAUCGAAAUAAAUGUGAAUUUACAGUUGGUCGUAAUAUCGAUGGUGACAUUUGUGUUGGUUUUGUUGGUGGUCGAUUUACAGCUAAUCAACAUUUUGUAUUACCCGUGGAUACGUGUGAUAACAUAUCAGCACAUAUGAAGAGAAUUGUAGGAGCUUUCGAAAAAUUAGUGGUGGAAAGUGGUGAACCACCAUUCAAUGAAUUUGAACGGAAAGGUGUGUGGAAAAUGCUUUCCAUUCGUGAAUUUGGUUUGGAUGUAAUGAUGAUUGUAACCAUAUUUCCCAUGGAAGACAAAGAGCGCGAAAAAGCUUUGAUAAAAGUUGUACAAGAACGGUUUCUCCAUCUGAACAAUUUCUUUGAUGAAAAUAGUCUUUUUCACAUUACUUCACUGUAUUGGCAGCGGUUAGCGAAUGCUAGUGAUCCGGUUAUCUAUGAACAUAUUGCAGGUACCCCCUACAUUUAUGAAACAAUUUUGGAUGCCCGGUUUCGAGUUUCACCUUCAUCAUUUUUCCAAACAAAUAGUGCUGGUGCUACAGUACUGUAUAAAACGAUUGCUGAAAAAUUUGAUUUGUGUAAAACGAAUAAUGCAGUUGAACAGGAAACGAUCGAUGCUAACUUAGUUACUGCAAUUUCUGAAAAAGAUUUAGAAGAAUCUUCAAAUGAAAUCAGCGAGGAACCAGAAAUGAAGAUAAAGAAGCUUGAGAAAGUGGGAAUUGUUGAACAGCAACAGACAACUUUGAUCUUAGAUAUCUGUUGCGGUACUGGAACGAUUGGAAUUAGUUUAAUGAAAUUGGCAAAAACCGUUAAUCGCAAGUUUUUAAUAGGUAUUGAAAUUAUUCCGGAAGCUAUUGAGGAUGCAACGACAAAUGCGAAUGAUAACUUGCCACCAGAUAGCUACAAGUUUGUGUCCGGUAAAGCUGAAGAUGUUUUCUUUCGUUUGGAACGACUGGUACCAUCAUGGGUUGAUUUGAAAACAGCAAAUAUAAUAGGAGUAAUAGAUCCUCCACGAGCUGGGGUUCACGAAAAAGUAGUUAUUGGAUGCCGAGCGCUUGCACAGUUGAAAAAAAUUGUUUUUGUUUCGUGCAGUCCAUCUUUGGCAUUGAAAAAUAUGGUUGAUCUCUGUCGGCCGACAUCUAGAAAAUUCGAAGGUGAACCAUUCAAGCUAACUUCUAUCACACCGGUUGACAUGUUUCCGCAAACAUCUCACUGUGAAUGGGUUGUACAAUUGGAUAGAUAG